CUCUGAUUGUGCAUGCCUCUCCCAAACCGCAUGUGCGAUCACAGACAGACAUCAUAGGCCGUUGAAUUCCCCUCGGCUGCGACGUCUGCGACUUCUCGAACGACAAGCUACUCUCCGAUAGCGUUUCUCGCGCACUCCGCAGUGCGCAACAAGAGAUCCGAGGUAAUUCAUUCCCUUCGCCGUGCAGAGUCACUAUCCACAAAAUCGCCGCCAGCUUGGCGUACCGGCAUAAGAGUCAGACAGCACAGAGCAACUCCAGAGCCUUACACGGCCCCUCCUUCGCCAGCUCAUGAUGUCCUCCGCUCAGCCCCCCGCGCGCAAGGCUGUCGUUGUCGGUGCAGGGCCGGUAGGAUGCCUCGCCGCAAUUUCCCUCGCCAAAAUGGGCUGGGCCGUCGAGAUCUACGAAGGUCGUCCAGACAUGCGUCUGCCCUCCUCCAAGGCAGCGGCCCAGCAACGCUCUAUUAAUUUAGCGAUAUCCUCACGCGGGAUUGCCGCCAUCGAAGCCAUCCACCCGAGCGCGGCCGAACGCUUCCUCAAGGCUGUCAUUCCCAUGCAUGGCAGGAUGAUCCAUCAUGUUGGUGGCCGCCAGGAAAGCCAGCCAUAUGACAGAGAUGGGCAGUGCAUCAACUCGAUAGGCCGAGCAUUCAUGAAUGAGGACCUGUUGACUGAGGCAUUAGCAGUGCCCACCGUCUCUGCGUUUUUCGAGCACAAGGUUGUUUCGUUAGACUUCGACACAGGCACCAUGGCCGUCCGCAGCAACACAGGUAACGAGAACAGAGAAGUGCAUUUCGACUUCUGCGUGGGCGCCGAUGGCGCCUACUCAAUCGUACGGCGUCAGUUGAUGAGGGUCGUACGGAUGGACUACCAGCAGGAAUAUAUUCCUCACGACUACUUGGAGCUCAAGAUGCCUACGGGACCACCCGUGGUUCCCAGCGGCGAUUCAACGUUCCUCCUUGACUCGAACCACCUUCACAUAUGGCCGCGCCACACCUUUAUGCUCAUAGCGCUACCGAACAAGGACAAAACGUUUACCUGCACGUUGUUCGCUCCCACCGCAGAAUUCGAUCGUCUUAGCACGCCCGAGACCAUCAUUCAAUUUUUCAAGACUCAUUUUCCAGACGCCUUGCCGCUGAUCGGCGAGCAGGCCUUAUUGGAGGAUUUCAAACGAAACCCACGGAGCUCGCUCAUGUCGAUUAAGGCCCGGCCGUAUCAUUACAAGGAUCGUGUCGUAAUCAUCGGCGAUGCGGCACAUGCAAUGGUACCCUUCUACGGGCAAGGUCUCAAUUGCGGGCUAGAAGACGUACGUGUGCUGGAUAUUAUAUUGCGCGCAGAGGGGGUGGACCCUACCGCACAAGUGACGAAAGAAGAUAAUCGUCUCCUGGAAGCACUAGCCCGUUACUCAGACAGCAGGCACGCCGACCUGGUGUCUAUUUCUGAGCUCGCAAUGGACAACUACGUGGAGAUGCGGCACUCUGUCGUGACACCUGCCUACCUCAUCCGCCACGCGUUGGACAAUAUCCUCUACUCACUCACGGCGAGGGCAGUGACAUUCAGCGCCCUUAUCCCGUCUCUUUCUCGCGAGCCAUUCCCCUCCAAGUCUCCCGCAGGCUGGCUGCCUCUUUACACGAUGGUAACGUUCCGUCCCGAUAUUAGCUACUCUACCGCCAGACGCAAGGUGGCCCACCAGCGACGUAUUCUGGAGUACGCAGGAUGGGCAACUGCUGCAACGGGCGUAAGCCUCGCCGGUCUUGCCGCCCUAUCUGUCUGGCGCCGGCUGUAUAAUCGAGAGUAGCUCGAAUACCUAAUGGGCAUCUGGGACCAACUGCUAUCACGCAUUGUCUGAUUAUAUCCAAUCACGAGGUCACCGCGGGAAGGACGCACCAAUAGCAGUCUGUUAUGUCAAGAUGGGAUCAUCGAGCGUUGCUUUGGGGAAAAGCCGCGGCCAUUGAGGGGCUCGAUCCCAGCGUUGGAACUCACGUUGAGGGGGCGCCCCUCGUGUACUGAGCAGUCCAUGGGAAGCGUUGUUGAUUGCAACUGCCCGAGCCGGUGUGGGCAGGCGGGUAUGCAUUCUCUGAGAUC